AUGGCUGUAUUCUUCACUGUGGCUCUGCUGGCUAUGUCAUCUCCUUUAACGGCAUUUGACAUGGGUCAGUCCACUCGUUGCGUUGCCAUCCCCAACCAGAUGAAAGUCUGCAAAGAUGUAGGGUACUCAGAGAUGCGACUGCCCAACUUCCUGGGCCACAGCAACCUAGAAGGCGAGGUGGUGCCACGUUCAGAGGACUGGAGGCCCUUGUUGCAGACAGGCUGCCACCCUCAAGCCCAGGCCUUCCUCUGCUCCCUCAUUGCUCCUGUCUGUCUUGACACAUUUAUCCAGCCUUGCCAUAGUCUCUGUGUGGCAGUGAGGGACAGCUGCGCCCCAGUGCUCGCCUGCCAGGGUCACCCAUGGCCUGAGGCUCUUGACUGUGACCGCUUCCCUGCUGAAGAGGACAUGUGCCUUUCUCCCCAUGCAAAAUUUAGUCACUUUGCCAAAGACUUACCCAAACCUGCUUGCCAAAAUUGUCCCUCUGUGGAAGAGGCUCCUGCAAUGAAAACAGUCCUGGAAGCUUUUUGCCAGCAUGACUUUGCUGUAACUGCCAAACUUCAUCGUCGUCGCCUACCCAUGGGAGAACCUGAAUUUGAGGUGGAGGGCCGGGUUGAGUUUAUCCGUCAGGGACCUCUACUGCCCUAUGAUACCCAGCACCUAAUUCAGCAGUGGCUCCUCAUCAACCUUCAGUGUGCCAAUGUCCUUGUGCGCCCUGGACGGUCACAGUUCUAUGUGCUGACUGGUUCUGUGCAGCCCGAUGGCACUCUUGCUCUGACUCGUCUCUUCCCUUGGCACAAAAAGGACACAAACAUUGCAGUGGCCACUCGCAAGUGGAAGCACCACAGAUGUUGA